UCCCAGGUACAACACAACCAGCUUCUCAACGCAAUAGCAUAACCAUACUGGAAUAGUAGUUUACGUUUCUAUGUAGUCAUGAUUUGAUCAAAAUCAAAAGUGGAAUAUCUGUCUGAGGAGUUUGCUUACAACACGAUCAAUCCUUGACAAUGAGUGGCAUCACAGUAUUGGUGAAGGAUUAUGACACGGGACAAGAAGAGGGGCGGCCGGUGUCCCCGUUCUCCGAGGAGUGCUGUGAGGAGCUGUGGGACCGGGUGGAGGGGGUGAGGCACAAGCUGACCCGCAUCCUGAACCCAGCCAAGCUCACCCCCUACCUGAGGCAGUGCAAGGUCAUCGACGAGCAGGAUGAGGAUGAGGUCCUCAACUCCACCCAGUACCCACUACGUAUCAGCAAGGCUGGACGUUUGAUUGACAUCCUGCAUGGGCGGGGCCAGCGUGGCCUGCAGGCCUUCAUGGAGUCUUUGGAGUUCUACCACCCCGAGCAAUACACUCAGCUCACUGGACAACAGCCCACCCAGCGCUGCUCCAUCAUCUUGGAUGAGGAGGGUCCAGAGGGCCUGACUCAGUUCCUGCUGCUUGAGGUGCGUAAGCUGAGGGAGCAGCUACGGGGGAGCCAAGUGUGUGAGCGCCGCCUGUCCCAGCGUUGCCGUGUGGCCGAGGAGGAGCGCAGCCGGGCUGAACGCAAGACACUGGACCUACGACAUGACCGGCUGCAAAUGGAGAGGCUGCGUCAGGACUGGGAGGCAGGCAGCAGGGAGCUGGGCCGGCUGAAGGACAGACACCUGGAACAGGCUGUGAAAUACUCUCGUGCCCUGGAGGAUCAGGCCAAGGCCUCCGCACGUGAGAGAGAGCUACUGGAACAGAUGGAGCAGCUGAAGACCAGACUGAUGGAGGCAGAGAAAGAGACUGACAGUAGUCCUGUCUCUAUUGCUCCAGUCAGAAGGAACAGGAGUGUCGCCCAUCGGACGAACGACGCCCCCGCUGUUCCCGAGAAGAGGGAGAAGCCACUGCAGCACAUUGACAUUCAGAAGUCAGGUCACAUUGAAACACAGGCUCUGUUGGACAUCCUGAAGCAGGACCGCAGGGAGGCAGCAGAGCAGAGACACGAGCUGUGUGGCAACAUCGCCAGAUUACAGGGAGAGCUGGAGAGCUCUGAGGAUUUCAGGGACAAGCUGGAGUCUCAGUGUGAGCAGCUGCAGCUGAAGGUGAGGACUCUGCAGCUGGACUGGGAGACGGAACAGAAAAGGACCAUUUCCUACUUCAACCAGAUUAUGGAGCUGGAGAAGGAGAGGGACCAGGCUCUGCGCAGUCGAGACAGCCUGCAGUUGGAGUAUACUGACUGCCUAUUGGACAAGAACCGCCUGCGUAAACGCAUCGCAGAGCUUCAGGCCAAUCUAGAGCAGCAGCAGAGAGAGCUGGAGAAAGAGAAGGACAGGAGCAGGGAGCAGAGUUUGCCCUGUAUACACUGUUCUCACCUGUCUCUGUGCAGCGAAGACCAGUGCUACGGGCCCUGCUGCUCCCUAGACCUCAGUCCUCUGCCCAACGGCACUCACCAGCUGCUCUGCAAGUCUCCCUCUACAGACCAAACCCAUGACCACUCCGAAGGUUCCCGCUCAAACUCAGAGGAGAAUCUCUUGACACCAACAGUGGACAGUGAAAGGGAUGUUAACAGGCUCUCCAUCUUCCCCUUCCCUCCCUGCAUGAACUCCAUCAACCGCAGGGUCAACAUAGAGUUUGACCUGGACUCCUGGGGCAGUGAUGAGAAUGAGAACCUCACAGGAGUCCAGAGUGAGGUCUCCCUGUCGAACUCCUGUAGCUCCCUGCAUUCCCACUUCUUCCCCCCUGACCUCAUCAACCUGCCCCCUGUCCCACCUCACAAACCCAACUACAGCAGUCUUGGUUUCGUGCCCCUGUCCCCCGUACCUAGUCCCCCCACUAUGCCCAAAAGAGGAAGAGGCAGCCUGGCAGAUGACAUCACCAUCAUUGGGGGCAACCGCACAGGCAUCUUUGUUAGCAGCGUCAGAGCUGGUUCUCCUGCUGAGCAGUGGGGUCUGAAGGAGGGCAGUGAGUUACUGGAGCUGGAGAAGGUUCUGUUUGGUGGGGGCAGUGUGCUGAUGGGCCAGUGCACUGGAGAGGUGGCCCACUUCUCUCUGCAGUGGUGGACAGAGCCCUCUUCUCUCAAACACCAGACCAACACAGAGGCAUACUCCAAGUUAUGUGCCCAGCUCCCUUCUCCUACCUUCCACGGUGCUGACUCCUUCUACGUGCGCGUCAACCUGGACCUGGACCCUCAUAGCGACCUGCCCUGUCUGGGGGUGCGCUGUGAUGACAUAAUACACGUCACUGACACCCGUUACAAUGGGAAGUACCAGUGGCGCUGCACCCUGGUAAACCCCGGCACAGCCAAGCCCUUGCAGGCGGGGGUCAUGCCCAAUUACAACAGAGCCCAGCAGCUGUUAUUGGUGAGGUUACGUACCAUAGCCCUGGAGCAGAAGGAUUUCAAGAAGAGAGUAUCCAAGAAGGGCUCUGAACGUGUGCGAUUGGUCAAGGCUGUGUCCCCCAGCUGUCGUGGGAUUGGUUCCACCCCACAGGUCCUUUACACACUCAGCAACCGUCACGAGGAGCACCUGAUUCCUUACAGUAUGGUCCAGCCAAUACAGGUCAAGACCAAACGGCCUGUCAUCUUCUCCCCCUCUCCCUACUCUCUCGUGGCCUCAUAGAGAGACUGCUUCAGCCAGCAAAGUCUGGACUGGACUUCAACACCUGCCAACCAGAUAUGUUGUCUCUCUACCACUUCUCAUGGAGUGAUGUAUUUCAGAGCCAAUCCAGGCCACAGAGAGAAAUGAUAAGAGUGUUUUCCUGCUAGAUGCUUCCACCCCAGAGCAGGCUCUUGGAAUCAGUCUGCAGUCUAUUCAGGAAGUAAUAAGCCAGGACAAGCACUGUCUGUUGGAGCUAGGCCUGAGUAGUGUGGAGGGCCUUCUGAGGCAGGGGAUCUACCCUAUCGUCAUUAAUAUCCGACCCAAGAACAAAAAACACAAGAAGUUAAAGAAGUUGCUGACCGGGCGAGGGGAGGAUGGCGUGAUGCAGGAGGUGUGUCAGGCGGACGAGCAGCAGCUGGAGACCCUGCCCCUACUCUACCACACUUUGGAAUCCAGCACCUGGAGCUGCACCGAGGAUCUGCUUCUCGCCAUACGCAAUGUCAUCCACACCCAGCAGAAGGCACUGCUGUGGGUUGAGUUGGAAAGGCUCCAAUAGAUCCCAAUGUCAUCCACAGCCAGCAGAAGGCACUGCUGUGGGUUGAGUUGGAAAGGCUCCAAUAGAUCCCAAUGUCAUCCACAGCCAGCAGAAGGCACUGCUGUGGGUUGAGUUGGAAAGGCUCCAAUAGAUCCCAAUGUCAUCCACAGCCAGCAGAAGGCACUGCUGUGGGUUGAGUUGGAAAGGCUCCAAUAGAUCCCAAUGUCAUCCACAGCCAGCAGAAGGCACUGCUGUGGGUUGAGUUGGAAAGGCUCCAAUGUUAUCACCCAGUUUUAUUGUUGUACUUAGCUAAAUUUGAUACAAUUGAAGAUACAUUUCACACACACCCAUAUAGAUACCUAGUUCUACCACUGUAAAUGUGAAGUUUCAUGUUCAUAUGAUGAAUUUAACCUUACAAGCUCAGUAGUAACGUGUCUUUAUGUUUUAAUGUUGUAUUUCUUGUCUACCUAUGCUAAACAUCAGCAUUAAACAACCUUCAUUAGUUAACAGAG